UUAUGUUUAUUUCCUUCAAUUGUUUGAUUAAUUUUACUCAAUCAUUAUGAAUAUGUUUUAAUACUAUCAAUGGUUUGUUGAAUCCAUUCUUUUCUUCGACCAUUCUGUUCAUCAUAUAAACAACAUCAUCAAAUGUCUUUUUGACUUAUUUUCUUGUGUCGUGAAAAUCUACACUCAUGUAUUGCUUCAAAUUGUGCUCGAGCAAAAUUGAUGAAUCUCAAUUAAUUUUAUUUUCCUAACCUUUUAAGUGGAAGAAAUCAAUUUAAUAUUUUCACCUUUAAAUUAAUGUAAACAAUCAUUUGUUAUUCAGAGUAUUGUAUUUAUGUAUUAACCCUUUGUUUAUGCUUUGAGUUGACUCCAUUUUCUUGUAACUCUGUGAUUGUUGUGGUUUAGUUACUGGUAAAUACGAUCUCAAAUAUAACCAGGUGAACAAUGAAAGACUCUAUCUCAAGCAACCAAUCAACCUCUGGAACAUAUUCAUCGUCUUUGGAUGACUUAACAAGCCUGUCUUCAAUUUCAUCUGAACUAACAUCUCUUGAACCUAUUUCUAGUAAUCAAUCGACCAUUUCGAGUUGCAAUAAAUCUCUCCUUGACGAGGAUAAAUGUAAUUAUAUGAGUAGUGAUUCAGAAACCUUGGCUUCUCCAUCUUUUCUCAUCAAUCGUGAAUUACGGCAAAGGCUAACGAUGCUCUCCUCAGAUUUGGAUGAAUCUGACUCUAAAAGUGACACAUUAGAUACUCUUAGUGGUAAUUUAUCUGAUAUGAGUGAUCCAAGUGAUGAGGACAAUUCUUCGCAAAGUGGAAUAGUGAAAGAACUUUAUGAACAUUCAAUAGUCCAUAAAACUCACGACAAUUUAGGCGAAGCCGAGAUUGCGAAUCAUUUGAAUAAUUUCGAGCACCUUGAAGGAAGUGACAGUGAAUCUUCAACAAAGUCAAAUCUGUCAGCGGAAGAAUCUGACAACUCAUCAAUUUCCGUCGCUGAUGAUGAUCCAGCCAGAGAAUUCAAGGACCUGAUUAAAAAGCAGAAGGUUUAUCUUGAUAAUUUGCAGAGAGAACUGUUUCGACUACAAAAAAUGGAACAAAUUUUGUCAAAAUUGCAUAAAAAAUCCAAGAUGCAAAAAGAAAUGCUCAAUAAAAUCGAAAUCUGUGAUAACUGUGAAGGAAUCUGUAACUCUGCCUGCCAACUGCCAUCCAAUUCAAAGAAAGCUCCAGAUGUUGUCAGUAAACCAGAGAAUCUUCAUCGGAAUAAUUAUCCUUUAACAGAUUGUGAAUCAUCUAAUGAAAAUGAAAAAGAACAGUGUGUUAAUUACAAUUCAUCUGUUAAAGUAAAAUCAGAUGCAACAACUCAAACAAAGCCAUCAGAAUACACCAGAGAAAACAAUAUUGUAAAUUUUCCUACAAAAAAGGAAAGAAUCCAUCAAAUUCAUGAUAAAGUAGACCAGAUAAUUCACAAGUUAUACGAAGCAACAACAAUGGAUGAUCCUGAUGAACCUUGCCAUUCUAUUGGAGUUCAAACUUCAAACCUAAUAGCUCCAAGUCAAAAGUUAAACAGAAAAAUGAAUAAAAGUGCCUGUAAUUUCGCCUCUUCUUCAACUGUGGAUAAAUCACAGAAACAAGCUGUUUACUGGACUAUUCCUGCCAAUGAACAUAAAUUAGAUAAAUCGUCAACUAAAUUCACCAAUUUCCUAUCAAAUUAUCAUCAAACUGAAGUUUUGUAUCCAGGAAGCUCAAAUUUAUCAUUACAGCAAGCCUUCCGUGAAAGAUGUAGUCAUAUUUUGAAAAAUUCUGAAUCUAGAGUCAAUCGAAUCAAUAUUAAAUCUGAAAUGAGAAAGGCAAACACCGAUUGUAGAUUUGAACAAUUGGAUUUAAUGUACAAAAGAGACCACGAUAUUAUUGGCAAUAACGGACCUGAUAAAGUGAAAGUAAUUAAACCAAGAAAAAUGUUUACUGAAAAAGAAAUGAGAAAACAAACUGAACGUUUAUACUCACAUCUGCCUGAGAUCAAGAAGCUUAAAGAAGAGAAAAUGAAACAACAAAAUGGUAAAACAAAUCGUUUGGUAGCAAAAAUUUUCAGUCAAAGAUUGAAAAGUAAUGCUGUUCAUGGUAAAGUAACUUUCCCAUUAACUCAAAAGCUAACUCAAAUUUGAUGAAACGCUCUCUUCCUCAUCAGCAAUAUUCCACUUCAAAUCAUUGACUUUCUUAUACUAAUCCUCAGCAACUGCCCUCAACUAUGAUUAGCAAUGGACACACAAGGAAUCGCCAAAAAAGUAGUAAACAUUCAUGUACAUUUCAAAAUAAUGUAUUCUGAGGCACUUGAAUUUACUAUUAUACCUAUUAUUAAGUUUGAUUAAUAAAAUAAAGUAUACACUUUCCUACCUAAAACAAUUGUAAUUGUAAUUUGUUAAUUUCGUCCAACAGAUUGAUCCAUCACUAAUGGAUGAAUGAAACAAUUGCCUUUCAUUUAUUGGAUCAACUUUGUCACAGCUUUGCCCUAUUCAUGGAUCAGGCAACGGCUUUAAUAUGAAUCUACUUUUAAACAAUAAAUGUAAACAUAAUAAGAACGAAAUUUGUAAAUGAAAUUUUCAUGAUAAUGUUUUAAGGGAUUCAUUCAUUUUUGUCAUUAGAAUGACCGAGUUUACAAUGGAAACAAGGUUUUCAAGACGAUGACCGAGGAAGGCAAAAGUGGUGGGAAUCGAGACUAGAAGUGAAGCGAAAAAUAUUAACGAUGAUGUUACUGUUGUUGAUCAUCAUGAUAAUGAAAAGGGAGAGAAAUAAGAAAACGAUAGACGAUAGGAAGAAGGAGAUGAAAAAGGAAAAAC